ACGCUGUCAAGGCGGACAAAGGGGCGUCAGGUCCUACGCUGAUUGGUUACCGAGUCAGACGCCAAAAGGUUUAGAACAGAUGGGUUACUUCUGCUCCACCUCGUAGGAAGCACCCGUUCCCUUGAGCGCACCCGUCGAUGUGGCCGAUGCGAUAGGCGAUGAGUUCAAAAGGAGUACGGAUAACGGGCCAGCGAUUUGGUCCGACGUAAAUCAGUCGCCGCUCUCCGGUGUAGAGGGAACAUCUUGAAACUGGUCGGGAAUCAGUGGACCCCUCAGAGACACAAGCGGAAUUGGCUUCCCAUGCUGACUCAAAAUGGAAGAUGUACAGGAUGGAGUUCAGAUUGGAGAAAACAAAUUUAUAAGCAAGGCAACUGUUCUCUCACAUCUGAAGACGUACAACCUCUACUAUGAAGGGCAGAAUCUGCAGCUCCGGCAUAGAGAAGAAGAGGGGGAGCUGAUAGUGGAGGGGCUGCUCAACAUCUCCUGGGGCCUCCGCCGGCCCAUCAGGCUGCAGAUGCAGGACGACCACGAGAGGAUCCGGCCCCCCCCUUCCUCCACAUCCUGGCACUCGGGCUGCGCCCUGGACGAUCAAGGCCCCCCCAGCACCACCGAGGGUCAGCAGAGCCCUCAGCAGCCCCUGCCCACCGUGGAGGUCACCGCCCCGGAUAGCCCUCCGGCGGGCCUCGCUGUCCCCGACGAUACGGCAGAAGAGAACGAGGACGAUGACGACUGCUCCGCCCAGCUCAUGAGGACAAAGAGUGAUGCUGGGAUUCUGAGGCGGGGCCAGAAACGGUCACCUAGUGACCAGAGGAGGAUACGGCGCCAUCGCUUCUCCAUCAACGGUCAUUUCUACAACCAUAAGACGGCUGUGUUCACCCCGGCCUACGGCUCGGUGACUAAUGUGCGCAUCAACAGCUGCAUGUCCACGCCGCAGGUUCUGCGCGUUCUCCUCAACAAGUUUAAGAUCGAAAACAGCCCCGAUGACUUCGCCCUGUACCUGGUGCACACCAGCGGAGAGCGAAUGAAGCUGAAGCGCACCGACUACCCGCUGGUGCUGAGAGUGAUGCAGGGUCCCUGUGAGCAGGUGUGCCGGGUCUUCCUCAUGGAGCCGGACCUGGGAGAGGAGGUCACCUAUGACGUGGCACAGUAUAUCAAGUUUGAGAUGCCCGUGCUGCAGAGUUUCGUCACCAAGUUGAAGGAGGAGGAGGACCGCGAGGUGCAGAAGCUGAGAAGAAGGUAUAACUUCCUGCGCUGCGUCAUUGAGAAGCAACUGCGCUGUCUUCCGGAACCAACCGCCUGCAUAUGACUCCGGACAGCGGGUCAUCACUGCGUUGCUCUUUCUCUGCACAGCCGCAGGGGUUAAAGUUCAGCCAGGACUGAGAACACGCUGUUGGACAAGACAACACAAAAGCAACAAGCAUUCCAGGCAUUCACUCUCUUACCCUUUUCCUCAGAGUCCCAAAGCCACUAGCAACGGUUGUCAUCGUCUCGAGUGUUCCGCACGCUUCGUUGAGCUCAUCACUCCAAGCACUCACCGUUCCAACAUGAGCAGCUCUCCGAUCCUCGCCAUGCUGGCCACCGCCACUAGAAGAUAUGGACUGAAAUAGUUUGGCCGUUUACCGCAACCACCUUUUAGAGCAAUAACCCCGUCCACCGAUGACCAAAAGGAAAGUAACCCCCCCUGCUCUUUUAAUAGCAGCACAAAUUAAGCAUUUGAUGAACUUUCUGCACUCUCUCUCUCUCUCUCUCUCUCUCUGUCUCUGUAUCUCUCUUUCCUCUCUGUUUCUCUUAGAAAUUAUGAGUUGCAGGUAUCAAGAAUUUGUUUACUUAAAAGUCGCCCCGGUGAUCUCCAGUUUUAAGUACAUUAGCGGUCCAAACCCAUGUCACUCAUUAACACUCCCUAAGCACACAUUUAGUGAGCACAAAUGUUUUUCUUCAAAGCACAAUCGAUGGUCUUUGUGAAGUGCCUAUUAGCAGGGUUUGUCAAAGCACAGAUUCAGUGACUACGAUAUAAACACUUAAUUGCUUUUUCUAUGGAAAUAUUUUGAAAUCUUCCAUUAAGGCAAGUGGUCCCACAUUCGGUCCAACGGGUCAUAACAGAAAUGGACAAGGAAAUCUAAAUAAGAGCUUACCAAAAUUGAUGUAACAAUUACACAGAAGAAAAAAUGGCCUGCAGGUUUGGUCCAGCCAGCCAAUCCUAUGUUGUCAUUUAGACUUAGUCAUAGAGGAAGUUUUCCAUUGUUGUUACUACCAUCGUAUGACAUUCCCAUCAUUGAUCACACACAAAUAGUAGAAAAAGGUUUCUACAUUCAAUUAAAGAUCAAAAUAUUGUUGUGCACUUCUUAUUAGGGUGCAGGACAAGCAUUAUUUACGGCUAUGUUAGGUUAUGUCAGUGUUGAACUUUUCAAUGUUCUUAUUAUCCUAUGCAUGUUAAACAUAACUCUGAAUCCAAUCUAACAGAAUAUGAGGCAAAAAAACACAAAAGUCCCAAGGAUGUGAAUUGAUCAUGAGAUAGCAUCACGUGUGUGUGUGUGUGUGUGUGUGUGUGUGUGUGUGUGUGUGUGUGUGUGUGUGUGUGUGUGUGUGUGUGUGUGUGUGUGUGUGUGUGUGUGUGUGUGUGUGUGUGUGUGUGUGUGUGUGUGAGAGAGAGGAUCAUCAGGUACAGUGUUUGAUUGUUUCAUCCAACUUUCUAAUAUUUCUGACAUCUUUGAAGCUAUUAUCGAUAUUGGUUUACAUUACUGCUAACAAUUACACAGCAACUUACAGAGCAUUUGUCUGCUUGUUUUACGAUUGAACAAAAAAGUAAUUGUCGAGUUGUAAUUUUAGCAACCCUGGUCAGAGUGUUUUUGUUUUAUGUAUCUCAAGACAUUUUAGCUUUUUGUACUGAUAAUGCCUCAAAGAUUGUUUAAAAUAAUCUCUGAUGUCAUUCAUCUCUUUUGCCACUGAUGAAUAGUUUUUUUACAACGAUUGUAAAUUAAUAAAGUUGUCAUUAAUUAGGUUUGCAUCUACACUUUAUUUUCCCUCUUUCAUCUAGAUGGUUCUAGAGAAAGAGAGAUUAAGUGUUUUGUAAUGAUGCUGAGAUGUUGUAUGUAGGUCACAUGAGGUCAUGCGAAAAAUGUGAACGAAAAAAUAAAUGAAGGCAUUUGACAAAGCCACUAAACAAUGAUUGUUUGUCCUUUUCCGAACCGAGAGUGUCAGCAAAUACAACCCAAGCAUGUAUUUGUGGUAGAAAUCCACAUAGGUCUCGUCCACCAUGUUUGUUAGCUUGUUAUUAUUAGCAUGAUUGUUUACACAACUCCUCAAACCAGAAGGUCUUAGACAGAGUAAUCCUCUCUACCUGAUUAAGAUUGUCUCCUGGUUAAAAGGCUGCCCGUGACACAUUUCUUCUCAGGCUCUCUUUGAAGUCGCUGUUGCUCACACACUCUAUACUUCCCUUGUGAAGUAUAGAGAAUUGGAUUUUCACAAACUUAUUUUUCUUCUCAACUCGGAUCAACUAGUCAACAGGUGAGCUGCAGUGUUGUUGAUGGAUUAAUAAUCAAUUGGAACGUUAUGCAUUUGUGUAGGCCUAUUUAUCUGUAUUUGUCAAUCCUGUAUUUCAGUGAACAAUGAAAUUAUUCAGGUUUUAUUUUCUUCCCUUCGAUGUAGUAUUCUUCCCUAAAAUUAUGGUCAUAUUGUGCCAUUGUUUGGUUUAUAAUUGGCUUCAGGAAGCAUAACCUUUCUUCAUGUCUUCCUCAAAUGAGAUAUAAUUAUACCAUCUAAUUGUUAUAUAAUAUAAUUACAACAGGAACUAAUGCAUUUCUACUAAUAGUGUUCUACCAUAACUGAACUAAUGAGUAGAGUUUUGUCCUUCUUUGAAUGGAUGCUGCUACAGCUGUAAUCUCUGAGAGCUGGCAAAGAAUUACUCUGGAGUGACGCGUUCAGCUCAACCCACUUAAUAGGAGGACACAGCUUAGAGAGUGGGAACAGAUGUGACGUCAUCUCUCUUGCUAGGCACCUUAUUGGUGAGAGUGAGAAGAUGUCAUCUCUCUUGCCAGGUACCUGAUUGGUGAGAGAGAGAGAUGUAAUCUCUCUUGCCAGGCACCUGAUUGGUGAGAGUGAAGAGG